UAUUCUAAAAAUACUAGAGUAUGAAAUUACUAAGACAAGUUGUAUUUGGUAGUAAUUUGAUUAGAUAUAAAAAUACAUCUCCAAAAAUGAGGAUUGAAAAGAUGACUCCAAUAAUACAAUGCUCUGAUGAGUUGUCCAGUAUGAAAGCUGCAGAGUAUGUGAUGAAUGGUCACGUCAUAGCAGUGCCCACUGACACUAUAUAUGGGCUAGCUUGCAGUGCAAACUGUCCUGAGGCUAUACAAAAACUGUAUACCAUAAAAGGUAGAGAUUCAGCUAAGCCUGUAGCUAUAUGUGUAACAUACAUUACAGAUGUAAGAAAAUGGGGAGAAGCUGAACAUUUAAGUGAUCAGCUGUUGCAACACCUGCUCCCGGGGCCUGUUACUGUGGUGUUAACAAAAACCAAAAACUUAGACAAUCCUUAUUUAAAUCCAUCCACUAUGAAGAUUGGCAUAAGAAUACCUAACCAUGACUUCAUUAAUAAGAUGACGAAAAUUUUUAACAUGCCAGUUGCACUGACAAGUGCCAAUUUUAGCAAUGAACCAUCCACUCUGUCCAUAAAAGAAUUUGAACAUUUAUAUGAUCACCUUGGUGCAGUAUUCGAUGGAGGGAUCCUCAGUAAAGGCUUGGAUCAGAAUAGAACUGGCUCCACAGUCAUAGAUUUAUCAAAUAAAGGGUUCUAUGAAAUCAUAAGGCGAGGUAUUUCUUAUGAAAAAGUUAUAGGAAUUUUAGAAAGCUUUGGGCUUAAAAACAUUGUUUAAGUUAUGUUAUUCUGUGAUAAUGUGUGUGUAAUAAAAAUGUACUGUAAUUCUAUUAUUUUUAAUAAAAAAUCUAUUGGCUGUGGUUGUGCUAAACACAUACAAAAUAACAGAGUGUGGUGUAACAGAACAUUGCA